AGACUUGUACCUCACUAGUCUUAAGAUCAUAGCAAUUUGUAGCAUUAAAGCGAGUGAGUAUUGACAAAUUCUUACAUUGACUCAAUAGUAAAUUUCAGAAUCUAUGUGUAAGUAGUAAGUACUGUUUUUUGGUUGAGUCUUUAACAGUAAUUUAAUCUCAUUACAUUUUAGUGGAAAAUUGACAUGGCAUACGAAAAAUAUCUUAUGAGAAAGAUCCUUGAUUUUUCUUAUACUUUGUACUUUAUAUUUGUAUUUAAGAGAGUCGACAAGCUUCAGCAUACUAGAGAGAGAGAGAUAGAGAGAUAGAGAUAGAGAGAGAGAGAUGGAAGAAGGGUUGUUAGAGAAGAAGGAAGAAAAAGGAAGAAAAGUAGAAUGGAAAGAGAUAAUAGAAGAGAUGAAGAGGGUGAGUUGGGUAGCAGGUCCAAUGGUGGCAGUUCUAAUGUCUCAAUAUUUGUUGCAAGUCGUAACUUUGAUGAUGGUUGGUCACCUCAGCCCACUUUAUCUCUCUAGUACUGCCCUUGCUGUUUCUCUUGCUGCUGUCACCGGCUUCAGCUUCUUGUUAGGUAUGGCAGGCGCAUUAGAGACUAUAAGUGGGCAAUCUUAUGGAGCGCAACAGUACAAGAAAUUGGGAACUCAAACAUACACUGCCAUUUUCUCUCUGACUUUAUUCAGCAUCCCACUCAGUGUAGUAUGGAUAUAUAUGGAAAACAUUCUGGUUUUCAUAGGCCAAGAUCCUUCCAUUUCACAUGAAGCGGGUAAAUUCAUGAUAUAUCUAGUGCCUACGCUAAUUUCUUAUGCCGUAUUUCAGCCAUUGGUUCGAUACUUCCAAUCCCAAAGUUUGGUAAUUCCUAUGUUAGUAAGUUCAUGUGGUACUCUUUGCCUGCAUAUACCCCUCUGUUGGGCUUUGGUAUACAAAUCUGGGCUAAAUAACCUAGGAGGUGCUAUUGCAAUGGGUAUAUCAAAUUGGUUGAAUGCCAUUUUUCUGGCAUUGUACAUGGUUUUCUCUUCCUCUUGUGCAGCUACUCGUUCUCCAAUCUCCAUGGAAAUGUUUCAUGGAGUUGGACAAUUUUUCCGAUUUGCUAUUCCUUCUGCUGCAAUGGUUUGCUUAGAGUGGUGGUCAUUUGAGCUGCUGAUUUUAUUAUCAGGAUUUCUUCCAAAUCCAGAACUUGAGACUUCUGUUCUCUCUGUGUGCUUGACAACAAUUUCAACAUUGUUUGCAGUACCAUAUGGAAUUUCAGCAGCUGCAAGCACGAGAAUUGCGAAUGAACUUGGGGCUGGACACCCACAGGCAGCUCGCAUAGCAGCAUGUGGAGUAGUGGUGAUGGGGGUUGCGAAUGGUUUGAUUGUUAGUUCGAUCCUAUUUUCUGCUAGGAGAGUAUUUGGGUAUUGUUUCAGUAAUGAGAAGGAAGUUGUAGAUUAUGUGACUACAAUGGCACCUUUGGUUUGUGUAAAUGUAAUAUUUGACAGCACACAGGCAGUUCUUUCUGGUGUAGCUAGAGGAUGUGGGUGGCAACAUAUAGGUUCUUACGUGAAUCUUGUAGCGUUCUACCUAGUUGGAAUACCGGUUGCAGCUGCAUUAGGCUUCUGGAUGCAAAUGAGAGGUCGGGGACUUUGGAUGGGAGUUAUGGUUGGUGCUUUGACACAGACAGUCAUUUUGUCUAUUAUAACGAGUUUUACCAACUGGGAACAAGAGGCAAGAAAAGCAAGAAAGAGAGUAGCGGAAGAGAGUUCCGGAGUCAAAAACGGAGUAUAUGUAACUUAGUAGAGUUCAUAGAUAUAAGCUAAUUUCAACCUAACUCGCAGUGCUUGUUUUGUUGCAUAACAAACUGUGGAAAAGGGGAUUUUUUGGGAAUUGAAAAAACCGACUUGUUUGGUUGAAAUUUGCACAAUUCGUCUUUGGAUUUC